AUGAGGUCACUCGUCUCGCCAGGCGUUGCUGUGGCGGCGGUGGCAUCGGCGCUGCUGUCGAUCACGGGCCGGGCCGCCGCCGAGGAUGCCUCGCCCUUUUCGCUCGACUCCGAAGACGACAUUAGGACGACAGCCGGUCUCAUCGCCUGGGACAUGAUGCAGUACUACAAGGGCAACCUAACGGGCGCCACGCCCGGCAUCCUGCCCGGCCCUCCGCCCGGAGGAGACUACUACUGGUGGGAGGCCGGUGCCAUGUGGGGGACGCUGAUCGACUACUGGGCGUGGAGCGGCGACUCUUCGUACAACGACUUGAUCAUGGCGGCGAUGCAGUGGCAGGUCGGCCCGCACGACGACUUCAUGCCGCCCAACGUCACGGCGUCGCUCGGCAACGACGACCAGGCCUUCUGGGGCAUGUCGGCGAUGCUCGCCGCCGAGUCCAAGUUCCCGGACCCGCCGUCGGACAAGCCGCAGUGGCUGGCGCUCGCGCAGGCCGUCUUCAACACGCAGGCGGCGGCGGACCGGCACGACGACCUCUGCGGCGGCGGCCUGCACUGGCAGAUCUACAGUGUCAACAAGGGUUAUAACUACAAGAACAGCAUCGCCAACGGCUGCUUCUUCAACCUCGGCGCCCGCCUGUACCGCUAUACCGGCAACAAGACGUACCUGGACUGGGCCGUGAAGACGUGGGACUGGAUGGACCAGGUCGGCUUCAUCGACAACUCGUCGUACGCGAUAUACGACGGCGCCGACUCGAAUAAGGCGUGCAAGGAGCUCAACCGGGCCGAGUUUUCGUACAACAACGCCAUCUUUGCGCAGGGCGCGGCGUUUAUAUAUAAUACGGGAGAACCCAUCUGGAAGCAGCGAACCGAGAAGCUGGUCCAAUACGGUCUCAAGACCUUCUUCCCCCAGGGCGUCGCCGUCGAGAUAUCGUGCGAAAACGCCGGCACCUGCACGACCGACAUGCUCACCUUCAAGGGCUUCCUGCACCGGUGGUACGCCGUCAUCACGCAGAUCGUGCCGUCGACAGCCGCGGCCAUCGCGCCGGUCCUCAAGAACUCGACGGCCGCGGCCAUCAGGCAGUGCACGGGGGCGGCGCUCGGGCGGCAGUGCGGCUUCAAGUGGGCGAGCGGCGCGUACGACGGCAAGACGGGCGCCGGGCAGCAGAUGAGCGUGCUGGCGGCCGUGUCGGCGCAGCUCAUCGGCAGCGCCAGGGGCCCCGUCACGGACAAGUCGGGCGGCACGUCCAAGGGCAACCCCAACGCCGGGUCGGGCGGCGACAAGGGGCCGCAGGAGCCUCUCCGGCCCGUCACCACGGCGGACCGCGUCGGGGCGGGCUUGGUGACGUUUACCUUUGUGGCGCUGGCGGGUGGUGUCUUCGCGUGGAUGAUGCUGGAUACGCAUCAGGGCAGCGUGAAGUGA